AUGGCCGACACACAAGGAACCAGCCGCCCGACCGUCGACGAUUUGACCGGCGACAAUUACUAUGCCCAGCUGGCGCGCAAGCAUUGGCUCAAUAAGACCAAGCCACCAAAGGUCCAGCGCGAUGUCAUAGAGAAAGAGCUGUGGACUCAGUUGGAACAGGAGGACUUUGGCUCGUUGCUGUUGCUGGAACAACUGCAGCUGUUGGACUUGUACCUCUGGCCUGGAUACACCGACGAUGCCUCGAACCACCACGUCCUGCUGUUGGCCAUGUUGGUCAAUGUAAAGCGUCGUGAAGGCCUCGCUGUAUGGGACUGCUUCCAACAGUACUCGGAGAACUUCUCGUCCUUGUUCCGUCGCAUACUGUCCAUGACCAUCGACACAACCAUUGCAACCACUCUCCGAACACAUCUCCUCACCUUCAUCAUCAUCGCAUACCAAUCCCUCGAUAGCGGCAUCGUCAGAAAGGAAUGCGCUCCUCUGGUCAACAUUGCCAUCUGGCACAACCUGCACAGCGAACAGGCAAGAGAUGCUCAUUUGGAAAAGGCUGUACAACUUCAGAAGGCUUGGAGAGCGGCAAACAAGAGAUACGAUGGAUCCGAUGCUCCUACACAGGCCCGCUUACGCUUCGAAAGGUCAUGGUUAUACUCGUUGACACUUGACUUCUUCGAUCGUCUGUAUGACACGAGUGCCAAAUCUCGCUCAGACAACGUCCUGUACUGCGAACGCUUUGUCGAGCUUCUGUCUGAUCUGCAGAGCCAACUGCCUACCAGACGUUUUGCCAACACUCUCUUGCAGGACCUCAACACCUUGUCCAUCAUCAAGCUAUCACCUAUGUACGCUGACGAGGACAAUGCUCUCCUGCGCGAUCUCUACAAUCUUCUUCAACAUUACACUAGUUUCCCCAUCGAGGACCACAGUGGCCGUCAGUACACCCCACUGGAGUUCGACCAACAACACCACGCCGCUUUGACCAAAUUGCAGAGAGUCUCCUUCAAGCAUUUCCAGGAUAAGCUGAAGAUUUUGGUCCUGGCCAACUUUGCCUCGUUAGCAACCAGAGAAGAUCUCCAGAGUCAUCUUACUUCUUUGUCCGACGGUGAGGUUGUUGAACUAUGUCGUUUGCUCGGCUUCCGGACCGACUACCCUAGCUCGACUCUUGUCACACGCGACCGAACCUUCUACAUGGAAAUUCUUCUUUCAGCCCACGAAAGUGCGCCUAUGUAUCAGCAGACCAUGCAAAACAUGGCCGUCGUGCCCACUGAGACCACCAUCUACGAUUCUGCCUUUGUUCGCAACGAGAGCUACAACGGAUCUAGACCUCUGGCUAUCCCAAAGCUGAACCUCCAAUAUCUGACUAUGGGAGAUUUCUUGUGGAGAUCCUUUGUGUUGUACAGGGCGGAAGCCUUUUAUCAGAUCCGUAAAGACAUUGAGGAUACUGUCAAAAGGGUACAACCAAGAAAGGCUGGACCUAACACUAAGUUUGACGGCUUCUCCAAGAUGGCUAUUCCCAUCACGAAGCCUGCUCUCAUUGAUGUGGCACCUGCCAAAGUCUCGGAGCUUCAUCCUUCAAAGGUAGAGGUCGAAGUGACCCUUGAUGUAGGUCGCUUAGGUCCCAACAUCCGCAGGGAGUGGGAGACACUACGAUCAGGUGACGUUGUCUUCUUGGUAUCCGUCCAGGUCGGAGACACGACAUCAGUAUUCAGUAAUGGUGGGUCUGAAUCGGCCGAUCUAGCAGACAGGCAUGGUGUAAAGCAUGUGCGUUCUGCUGAAGUGAUCGAUGUGCUUGACGAGAACAGUCGCAAGCUCCGUGAUCAGUCCCAAGCUCAGACUAAUGGUGCAGCUUCGAGAGGCGGUCGCCAGCGAAGACUCUUGCUCCGACUCGAUCCCGUUGCAUAUCAACAAGAUAAGGAUCGCACAGACAAGGGUAAACCGGAUGUUCUCGAGAGCAUCAACCUUCUUGUGCGACGUCAAAGUCGUGAGAACAACUUCAAGUCCAUCUUGGAUUCUAUCAAGCAUCUGGCAUUGUCUGAUGUGCCAGCUCCUCAAUGGCUGCAGGAGGUGUUCCUUGGUUACAGUGACCCUGCUGCAGCGACUUAUCAGCGCCUACCAAACAGACUGAACUCGAUUGACUAUCGGGAUACGUUCCUUGACUGGCAGCACUUGGUCGAGUCUUUUCCUGGCAAGACAGUGGAGCCAGAUGCAAAGCUGAACUCGAGUNUUCCCCCACCAUAUGUGCUCGAGACCACAGCAGCACCGCCUCCAGAGGCUAGACCUAGCAAGAGACGCAAGCGUGAGCCAGUUGAAGCUGCACCAGCCCCUGCUGUUGAGACUGUCAAGGUCGGAACAUACAAGCCCGCCAACCCUGGCCCAUAUCCUGUAGAUGCUCCCAAGCUGAACAGUGUGCGAUUCACACCAACACAGAUUGAGGCUAUCACAUCGGGAACUCAACCUGGUCUGACUGUGAUUGUUGGUCCUCCUGGAACUGGAAAGACUGAUGUCGCAACACAAAUCAUUAACAACAUCUACCACAACUUCCCUGAACAACGUACCUUGCUUGUUGCACACAGCAACCAAGCACUCAACCAGCUCUUCCAGAAGAUUACUGCUCUAGACAUCGAUGAGCGCCAUCUUCUCAGAUUAGGACAUGGUGAAGAAGAACUUGAGACUGAGGCAAGCUAUAGUAAGCAUGGUCGUGUCGAGUCUUUCAUGGAGAACGCCGCUGUCCGUCUGUACGAGGUCGCUCGAUUGGCUGCUAGUAUCGGCGCUCCUGGUGCUCAUGGCAGUAGUUGCGAGACUGCCGAUUACUUCAACCAAGUAUACGUCAAGCCUGCCUGGACGAAGUAUUGGGAUGCUGUAAAUGCAGGUGCGGAACCUCAACAGAUCAUCGACUCCUUCCCCUUCCAUGCCUAUUUCGCAAACGCCCCGCAACCGCUCUUCCCUGCAACUGCCUCUCGCGAGGAACUUGUCGAUGUUGCCUCAGGCUGCAACAACCACCUCGACCACAUUUUCGCAUCUCUUGCCGACACCCGACCUUUUGAAAUCCUCCGCACAGCCCGUGACAAGGCAAACUACCUUCUCAUCAAAGAAGCACGCAUUAUCGCCAUGACAUCGACCCACGCCGCCAUGCGCCGUCAAGAAAUCGCAGAUCUGGGCUUCCGCUAUGACAAUAUCAUCAUGGAGGAAGCAGCACAAGUUACCGAGAUUGAGAACUUCAUCCCUCUUGCGUUGCAGAAACCUCGUGAUGGCGAUAUGAAGUUGCAACGCGUUGUGCUUGUUGGCGAUCACCUCCAAAACAGCCCCAUCGUGCAGAACUUGGCAUUCCGUCAGUAUGCAAACUUGGAACAGAGCUUGUUCUUGAGAUUAGUGAGGUUGGGUGUGCCGACCAUCACGCUAGACCAGCAAGGUCGCGCCAGACCUUCUCUUGCCGAAUUGUACAAAUGGCGAUACCCUACUCUGGGCAACUUGCCUCUCGUCACCUCCGCGCCACAGUUUCUACAAGCGAAUGCUGGAUUUGCCUUCGACUACCAAUUCAUCGAUGUUCCUGAUUACAAGGGCAAAGGUGAGACCGAACCAUCACCGCACUUCAUCCAGAACUUGGGAGAGGCUGAGUAUGCUGUUGCUAUCUACAUGUACAUGCGACUACUUGGUUACCCUGCAGAGAAGAUCAGUAUCUUGACUACGUACGCCGGCCAACGCGCUCUAGUCAGAGACGUACUCAAACAUCGUUGUCAGAACAACCGUAUGUUUGGUCUUCCAGGCAAGGUCAGCACGGUGGACAAGUACCAAGGCGAGCAAAACGAAUNNGUAAGCAAUACCCUCUCCACCACUUACUUCGAAACAAAACACUAA